AUGGAGCACCCACACCCUCACCCGCCACCCCCAGAGGUCAACAUCACCACCCUCAACUGCUGGGGCCUCAAGUUCAACAUCUCCAAGCUCCGCCAGCCCCGGCUGCAAGAGAUUGGCAGGCAGAUUGUCCGCUCCACACCCGCGCCGGACAUCCUCUGCCUGCAGGAGGUAUGGGCCCAGGAUGACUACCUCGCCAUCCGCCGCGAGACCGCCGCCAUCCUGCCCCACGGCAAGUUCUACCACAGCGGCGCUUUUGGCGGCGGCCUGGCCAUCCUGUCGCGCUGGCCCAUCGAGGAGUCGUCCAUGGUGCCCUACGCCCUCAAUGGCCGCCCCACUGCCUUCUGGCGCGGCGACUGGUACGUCGGCAAGGGCGUCGCCUGCGCCCGCCUGCGUUAUGGGCCCGAACGGGGCGACGUCAUUGAGGUCUUCAACACCCACACCCACGCGCCCUACGAUACGGAUCGCGGCGACUCGUACCGCGUUCACCGUGAUGCCCAGGCCUGGCAGCUCGCCAAGCUGCUCCGCGGCGCCGCAGAGCGCGGCCACCUCGUCGUUGCCGCGGGGGACUUCAACAUGAUUCCGCUGUCCGCCGCGCAUCGCAUAAUCACGGGCCGCGCCCCCGUGCGCGACGUCUGGCGCGUCCUCUACCCGGAUUCCAGCCUGGGCUGCACGCAGGACGACGCCGAGAGGGCGAGGGGCAGGCCAAUGCCCACGGCCGAGUUCAACCUCGUCGAGAACGGCGUCACCUCCAACAGCGUCUUCAACACGUGGCGGUGGCCCUCGUCCGAGCAGAAGAAGCUUGGCCACGGCCGGCCCAUCAUCGGCGUCGACCCGGCCCGCCCGGACCCGCGCGGAAAGAGGCUGGACUACGUCUUCGCGAGCACGGGCCCGCGCGAGCUCGAGGACGGCGCCGUCGGCGGCUGGGUCGUCAGGGACGCCCGCGUCGGCAUGCUGGCGCGCCACCCGGACCUGGGCUGCAGCCUGUCGGACCACUUCUCGGUCGAGGCGACGCUAUCCUUCCACACGACCACUCGCGACGCCGCCGAGGCCGCCAGCCUCAAGUGGCCGCUCCCACCCGGCGCAGCGUCGUCGCUAUCGGCCUUCCGGACAUCCACCCUUCCACCGCCACGUCAUGCCCAUCACGACCACCAUAGUGGCCUCGACAACGCCGCCACCACCACCAAAGAGGAUGCCGUAGAACCCACGGCCGGCUCCCCCGCCACCGCCGAUGGCGGCAGCCCAGCCAACGGCGCCUUCCUGCAGCUGCAGACCCCGACCCCAUCCUCAACACGCACCUCCUUCAUCCAGCGGCCCCGCUCCCGCCAGUCAACCAACCCCUCACGCCGCCGCCGCAGCAGCGGACCACGACGCCCAGCUUCUCUCCCAGAGGACUUCGACGGCCUCCUAGCCGCCCUCGAGGCCUACCAGGCCCGCGAGGCCGCCCAGGCCUUUCACCGCGCCCUGCACUUCGGCUCCUGGGUGCUCGUCACCGUCGCCUGCUACGUCGCCGUGUGGUUCGUCCCCACCCACGGCGGCGGGCUCUCGCGGUCCCAAAGCCACGCCGUCAACUUCGUGCUCCUGCUCCUGAGCAGUCUUGGCCUCGUGGCCGGCUGCGUCGACGGGCUGAUGGCCUUGUUGUUCUUCAGGGGCAGCGAGCAGAGGGCGCUCAAGGAGUACGAGUGGGAGCUGAGGAACGCCAGGGCGCUGGCUGGCGGAGGAGGCCAAGGGGUCGUCGAGGAGGUCGGCGGGCUCAAGUCAUGA